AUGUCUUCCCUGCCUCCUCAUUCCAACUUGGACACCACUCGAUCUCAUCAGGUUCCUAUUACUACUCAAGUUGUUCCCAUGGCGUCGAAUCAUGUUCUCUCUGCUUCUACCAUGUCAUUAGAGGAAAUUUUAUCCAAAGAAGAUGACUUUAAUUGGGCUGAUGUUUUCAACUACGCACAGCGCUUAAUACCUGAGACUAUUAGUCACAAAGAAUGCAAACAUUGGACUAAAGAGGAACACAGGUUAUUUCUCGUAGGACUUCACAUGUAUGGUCGAAAAUGGACAAAAAUUUCAGAACAUCUUAUUCCCUCAAAAACUCCAAGUCAAAUUGCUAGUCAUGGUCAAAAGUACUUUCUUCAUAAGACCCAAAAUAAAGAGAAAAAGAGGAAAAGCAUUCAUGAUACAACAUUACAAGGCAUUGCCACUGUCAUUGUUCCUCACUACAUUAAUAAUAUAGACACGUUGGUUCCUCCUGCACCAAAUUUUGCAGUGCAACCGCAUAAAAUUCUAGUACAACAACAUAUGAUGCAUUUUAACUUCCUAUAUAACUCAAAUGCCUGA